AGUUGUAUAUAUGUAUGUAUGCAUUUUUGUAUAGCUUUAUAACAUUUUUAUCACACAAACAAGUCAAUGUUGCACAGCGUGUGAAUGAACAGCAACGACUCCUCAACCGGUGCCGUGGUCCCUAUGCAGAUGUACACAAUAUCAGAGAUAAGCACUGCGAAACGCACCCUGCCGCGGGGUAAGAACAUCCAUGGCGGGGCAAGCAGCAAGCACAUCAUCGCGAGGCGAGCUGGCGCCAGGGCGAUUGGUCAAUUAGUACGAAUGAACGACCGUACUGCACAUCGAUAACCGGGGCCAGUUAUAAGCACGAGGCCUUUUUAUUAUUAUUAUAAUCCAGUCACAUCUUUUGCCUAGAAGUGGUUCCUUCCUCUGUAAUCUAUACGUGUUUACUAAACCUUCAUGUUCCCAAGAACAGCUCUGCACACACUUCAUACGCUUACACGACGUCGCCCAACCCCAUCUGCCGUUCCCUGCGACCUAUCCGCAUUGAUCCGCAGAGUCAACAUGUCUUCCGCCGUAGCCAAGCGCCUCUCCGGCAAGACCAUCGUCAUCACGGGCGCCAGCUCUGGAAUCGGGCGCUCGACGGCUCUCGAGUUCGCGCGGACGUCGCCGCAGGACUUGCGUCUGAUCCUCACGGCGCGGCGAAUCGAUGCGCUAAAGGAGGUCGCAGCCGACAUCACAAAAGAGGUCGGGGACGGCGUCAAGGUCUUGCCCGUCGAGCUGGACGUUUCGAAGCCGGACCAGGUCAGAGAGUUUGUAGGGAAGCUGCCGGAGGAGUGGAGGAACAUCGAUGUCUUGGUCAACAAUGCAGGCCUGGUGAAGGGUGUCGCCAAGGCACCUGAGAUCGCUGAGGCGGACAUCAAUGAGAUGUUCGCAACGAACGUGACGGGUUUGAUCAACUUGACACAGGCAGUCUUGCCCAUUUUCUUCGGCCGAUCAGAUGGAGGCAAGGGAGACAUCGUCAACAUCGGGAGCAUCGCGGGCAGGGAACCAUACCAGGGUGGUAGCAUCUACUGCGCAACCAAAGCCGCAGUGCGUAGCUUUACAGAAAGUUUGAGGAAAGAAACUGUUGCAUCGCAAAUUAGGGUCAUUGAGAUCGAUCCUGGCCAGGUGGAGACGAACUUCUCUGUGGUUCGAUUCUACGGCGACAAGUCGAAGGCUGACGCAGUUUAUUCCGGUGUGGAACCCUUGACACCAGAUGAUAUUGCAGAGGUGGUGGUAUUUGCGGUGGGAAGAAGAGACAAUGUUGUGAUUGCUGAUACUCUCAUUUAUCACAAACACCAGGCAGGAGCUGGUCUGGUUCAUCGAAAGGCCUAGAAGUAAUGGAAACAUGUAUAUUGAGCGAUAU